AUGUUCCUUGUCAUUGUUGCCAGUAACAGUGAUGUCGUCCAGUUAGGAUAUGAUGAAGAAAAGGAUGAUUAUGUUUUCUACGGUGAAUACAGUGAGAGCCAAACUGUCAAUGCAUCACCUACGCCAAAAACACUUACCACGGCGGAAAUAGAAAAGAAAAAUCAACUGAGACAUCAUGUCAUCAAUGAGAUCUUAGAAAGAGAGCAAGACUACGUUAAGAACUUAAAGGACAUCUAUGAGGGAUACUACAAGCAAUGCAGGAAAAAACCUGAAAUGUUCUCAGAGGAGAGGCUGUACACUCUCUUUUCGAACAUUGGGGAAAUUUAUAAAUUCCAGCGGAAAUUUCUUAAAGUUCUGGAGAAGAUGUACAACACAUCACACCCAUACCUGAGUGAGUUUGGCAUCUGCUUCCUCAACUAUCAUCAGCAUUUCCUGAUCUACUCUGAAUACUGCAACAACCAGUCCAGUGCUGUAGUCGAGCUCUCAAAACUCAGAAAAUUACAAGACUAUGCCUUAUUUUUCGAGGCCUGCCGACUACGCCAGCACAUGUCAAACCUCCCUCUGGAUGCCUAUCUUUUGACGCCAGUGCAGAAGAUCUGCAAAUAUCCACUGCAGCUGACAGAACUUCAGAAGGCCACCGUACCCACACACAGGGAUGCCAAAAACGUGGAAGCUGCUACAAUUGCCAUGAAGAAUAUUGCCAACGUGAUUAACGAGCACAAAAGACGAGUCGAAAACCUUGACAAAAUUCCAAGAUGGCAAAGUAAAACUUUAAAUUGGAAGGGAGAAGAUCUUUUGGAACGUAGUACAGAACUUAUUCAAAGUGGUGACUUAAUUGUGAUCAUGAAACCACGAGGCAAGAGCAAGGAAAUGGUGGUUUUCCUCUUCGACCAUCAAGCAGUCCUAUGUAAGAAGGAUCUACUACGUCGUGACGUUUUAUACUAUAAGAACAGAAUAGACAUGGACACCAUGCUAGUGGUAGACAUAAAAGAUGGCAAAGACUGGGAAUUUGACGUCAAGGUCAAGAAUGCUUUCAAACUUCAAAACAAGCUUGUCGAUGAUGAAGUCCACCUGCUAUGUGCAAGGAAGCAGUCGGACAAACUGUUGUGGCUUCAUGCUUUUGAGGACGAAAGAAAAUUAGUUAGAAAUGAUGAAGACUCAGCAAGAACGGGUACUUGUUAUGCAGAUCGUGAAUGUGAGCAACUACCAAUAAAGAAACAUGCAUCAUGUCCCUACAGACCACCAAAUCAGACAGUAUUGGACCAGAUUUCUUCCUCCAGUUCCUCUUCAAGCACAAACACCGGAGAAUCAGUGACGUCGGGAGACCUGGAAACUGAAUCAGAUGAAAUCUCAUCACGCAGCUUUUCAAUAACAUGA